AUGAGUUGCCGCGGGAGCUUGGGUGGAAUUCUUCAGCGGGAUGAGGAUUUCUGUCUACGGAACCCCACCGUCAUCAGGGUUUCACCGCCCUACUUGAGCACUUUACAGCUGGGAUGCAAAGAGGACGCAGGCCGGGUCUUGGCAUCUUGCAACUGGGAGGAAGAACAAGGACAGGGAGUGGCGGCUUCCCUUAGGAUGGCUGAAGAGGACGCGGUGCUGUCCACAGACCCCGAAUGCUCCAGAGCACCCCCAGCUGAGACCCCUACUGUGAAAGAGCUGGAAGAGCUCUUGAACACAGGGAGACCCUCCUGUAACCAUGUCGAUGAGGUGUGGCCUAACCUCUUCUUAGGAGACCUCGUUACAGCCCACAACAGAUUUGGCUUAUGGAAGAUGGGCUUUAGCCACAUUUUAAAUGCGGCCCAUGGCAUGGUAUUCUGCAAAGGAUCCCAUGGCUUCUAUGGUCCCACCAUUGAAUAUUAUGGAGUGCCAGCCUACGACCUUCCGGAUUUUGACCUGAGUCCCUAUUUCUACCCUGCAGCAGAAUUUAUACACAAAGCUUUGAGCAUCCAAGGAGCCAAAAUCUUAGUGCACUGUGCCGUUGGGAUAAGCCGUUCCUCUACCUUGGUGCUGGCCUACCUGAUGAUCUACCACCACCUUCCUUUGAUUGAAGCGAUCGAGGCGGUGAAAAAGCACCGGUGGAUUUUCCCCAAUCGGGGCUUCCAGAAACAACUAAGAAAUCUGGAUAUGCAGCUCAGACAACACUAAACAAAGCA